AUGGAACAAGGGAACUUCUUGAGAGCGGCACUGCAGCGUGCUGAUGGCCCGAGCAUGGGACUCUGGCAGAUGGUGCCUGGCGCUAAUGUGUCGCGUGCCCUCGCUCGCGUGCCUGGCGUCGACUGGGUGGUGAUUGACUGCGAGCAUGGUAAUCUUGAUGAUAGCGCUAUGCACGAGGCAGUCCCUGCUGUUGCUGCAGCUGGAGUAUCUCCUGUAGUGAGAAUUCCCGGGAUGGAAUCAUGGAUGAUCAAGAGAGCUUUGGACUCAGGUGCCCAUGGAAUCCUGGUACCUUUGCUUCGCACCGCGCAAGAAGCCAGAGAAAUCGUCAGAGCGGCCAAGUUCCCCCCACAAGGAACGCGUGGAUUUGGCUCUCCGUAUGCAAUGGAGCGCUUCAGUCCCAUACCGACAAUGACCGAAUAUCUUCAGCAGGCAAACAACAGUCUCCUUACUAUAGUCCAGAUUGAAACCCAACAGGCUCUCGAGAACCUGGAGGAAAUCGCCGCUGUCGACGGUGUCGAUGUAUUAUUCGUGGGACCAUUCGAUUUAGGGAACAAUAUCGGCCAUCCUAUCAUGCAAGGCAUCUUUAAACCAGAAUUGAGAGAUGCGCUUGCGCGUGUGCUCAAGGCAAGCCACAAGUUUGGCAAGAAAUGUGGAAUCUACAGUACAUCUGGCAAGCAAGCGAGAGAGUAUGCUGAGGCUGGGUUCGAUAUGGUUCAUGUGGCAACUGACUUUACAUCGCUACAAUUUAUCAUGUCGCAUGAGAACAUGAGCUCGCAACAUAUACCUCACCAGAGCCGCUUGCAAGAAUCCCCAGUUGGCGACUUCGACCCUGGAGAUUGGACGUCUCUCCAGCUUGGCGCUGAGAUGCACCUGACCGGAACCCAAGAUGAUGGAGUUCAUUGGCAACAAAGCAACCAUCGAGGACCCCAACUCACCCAUGACGCGGAUACCAAUCUUUCAGAGGGCUUGCUCCAUGUUCUGAAUGACGGUGUCGGACUGUGCUUUGAUCAAGCAUCACUGGAAGACCUGACCUUCGGUUGCCCAGACUUGGCUGCGGACAGCUUCGAGCUCGAUCACAACUAUGCGUCCAGUCUGGGGUCAUUGAGCCACCAAGAGAUCCAAGGGCAUUGCCAUAACGAUGGCUUUGUUCCUUAUAGUCUGCAGCAGGUCUUGAAUACUUCAUCUCUAGCCAAUCAGGAACUCUGCGAGACCGACACAGCGAACCCGCCACAAUAUCCGGCCAUUCCCAUCAGCCUAAAUCCGACUCUCCCACGUCGCAGAAGCCGCUAUUCUCUCAGACACAGCCUGAACGUGGACGGCGGAAGAAGCACUCAUAUUCCCGUAUACGAUGCCCAUGAGCAAGCCUCUGAUCCUCUGCAGAGAUGGAGAAACAGUCCUCCAGGAGCCGAAUCGGCAUCUUGGUCAGCGAUUUAUGACGCACUACAAGAAAAUCCCUUGAGCGAUAACAUGCAAGCUCCUUCCACUAGGGUGGAAUCAUCGAGUCCAAGCGUGGCCAGUUGGCACAGUCAAUCCUCAAGCUCGAUUGUUUCCACGCAGUCGUCUCGAUCGUUUCAGAAUCGGAACAGGAGGCGCGUCACGAAGAGGAGGAGCACCGCCACUGAUGCCAACAAGAAGCCCCGAAUCUUCCACUGCACGUUCUGUUGCGAUACGUUUGCUAAGAAGCACGACUGGACCAGACACGAAAAGACGCUCCAUCUUGACUGCGAUCAGUGGAUUUGUGCACCAUAUGGUGGUGCAGUGGUCUCGUCCUCGACCGGCAGGAGUACGUGUGCAUACUGCAAUAUCCUUGAUCCUACCGAACAUCACCUAAGCUCUCAUAACCAUAACGCAUGCCACACUGGUCAACAGCCUCACGUCUUUAGGCGGAAAGACAAUCUCAUCCAGCACCUCCGCGGGUUCCAUCAACUAGAUACGCUACCCAUCCUGGACGACUGGAGAAUACCGCCUCCUCCGAUUUCCUCCCGGUGCGGAUUCUGCCAUCAGCAUCUCGAGUCGUGGCAGGACCGUGCAGACCAUCUCACACAGCAUUUCCGUCAGGGCAAGAAAAUGGCAGAGUGGAAGGGUGAUCAUGAAUUUGAGCCCUCGAUCGCAGCACAGGUCAGGAAUGCCUUGCCGCCGUACCUGCUUGCAAACGAGGCGUUAACCAUGGUACCCUUUUCAGCCACGGAUCCAACGGUACCAGAUCAUUUAGCUCAGAUAGAGGAGAGAAUUGGCAAAGCUGUCGACCCAGGCCCGAAUCCGGGACAGCAGCACGAUCAUGGCUUCGAUUUGACGCCUGACUCUUAUACCAAGUUUCUAGCCUGGCAUCUAGGGCGCUUUGCUCAGCAGUCCUUCGCGAGUGGUGUCUUUCCGACCGACGAGAUGUUCCAGGGCGAGGCGAGGCGAUUGGUGUAUGGGAGUGAUGACAACUGGGAACAGACUAUAGCUGAUAACCAGGAGUGGAUCGCUACCUUUCGAAGACAGCAUUUAUCCAAAGACUAG